CUCGACGAGAAAAAGCCUCCUAUUAUGGCGAAAAUGAUCGAUUUUCUGUACCGUCUAGACUAUGACAACAAUCGCCUCGACACUAAAGACCAGCCUCCAACUAGCGGGCCUCACAAUUCAAUACCUCACCCAGUCAUAUUCAAGUUUCAGGAGGGUACAGGUAGCACUCCCGCCAUGGAUAGGGCUACUACCGCGGAACAACCUACUAGGCUCAACUCUUUAUCCUUGCUAGUUAACGCAAAAAUUUAUAUUAUAGCAGACAAAUACGAUAUUCAGGCACUAAAAGACCUCGUCUUUGAGAAGACCCUAGAGAGUGAUCGGAUACUGCGAGAAGUCAUAAUUCGGAAGGCGAGCGAAAAUGCCAAAGCCCUAUUCGACCGCGGCGAGUUUAUAGCACUACUACAGAGCCAUAGUGAUUUUGCCGCAGAAGUUUUGAGAGACGUUAUGUUUAACUAG